CUUCGUCCUGACCAACGUCGCGCAUACGACCUCUUCCGUUGGCAUUUGGAGGAGACGCUCGGAAACAAAUCACCACCUCCGAUGCGCAUGCUGCUGUACGGAGAGGGGGGAACGGGCAAGUCGCGCGUAGUGCAGACGAUCACUGAGCUCUUCCGCGCAAAGGGCGUACCGCACCUCAUCCUCAAGGGAGCAUAUACGGGCAUCGCGGCGUCUCUCAUUGAUGGAAAAACGCUGCAU